AUGGAUACUUGCGAAUUUACAUACAUCAGUCGAGAUGAUUCGCAACCAAAAACUACAUUAGGUAUCGAACGUUCAUGGGAUGAACUCAAAGCUGAGUUUGGUCGCAGUGGACCUGGACUUCCUGAUGGUACUACGGUGCUGUAUCACGAGCAUGGCAAAUGGUAUCAAUAUAUAACAGCAAAAGAUAUCAAGUUUGGCAUGGUGAAUACGGAUGAGCUCAAUCCAAUGCGAGCAACAAUUGACAAGAAUUAUUUGGAUGAUAAGAAAUGGUCUGUUACUUAUCAUAGUUAA